UUUUUUUUUUUUUUUCUCUCUCUUUUCAAACCGAACCACAACUGCCUAACUCACCUUUAACUUUUCCUUGUGAGGAUUGGAUUUACUGGCUUCAAACAGUAUUGAUCCUGAUUACGAACGCACAAACCCUUACGCACAUUCUUAAAUAUCUUAUAGCGAACCAAAAUGUCCGCCGAAGAGCAGAACCAGUCCUUGCUGGAGCGCAUCCAGCGGCCCGAGGUGAGCAAGGAGACGCAGAAGAAGAUUGCGCUGGUGGAGCAGGAGUUUAUUCAGGCUGAGGUGGAGCAGCUCCGCCACUCGACCCUCCUCCUCCGCCCGCUCUUCGCCAAGCGCAAUGAGGUCAUCUCCUCCCCCGACCUGCGCGACACCUUCUGGACGCGCGUGAUGCUCAACGCCCCCGCCGAGGUCGAGGAGCACAUCACCAUGACCGACGCGACGAUCCUGGCCUCCACGCUGAAGAACCUGACCGUCGAGCGCUUCGAGGUCGACGACAAGGGCGUCGGCGAGCCCCGCAGCUUCCGUCUGACCUUCGAGUUCCGCACCGGCGACGAGAACCCCUACUUCACCAACGACAAGCUGGUCAAGGACUUCUACUGGCGCAAGCAGGUCAUCACCACCGCCAACGGCCACAAGCGCCACUGGGACGGGCUCGUCUCGGACCCCGUCCGCAUCAACUGGAAGGAGGGCCAGGACCCCACCAAGGGCCUGCUGGACGCCGCCUGCGACCUGGCCGAGGCGGAGAAGAAGAAGGACGCCGACACGGACCGCAAGGAGCUGAAGGAGUUCGAGGCGCUGAUGCGCAAGCGCGAUGAGGUCGAGGCCGACGAGGAGCCCCAGGGUGAGGAUGAGGAGGACGACGUGCCCCCGGAUGCGGACCUGAGCUUCUUCGCUUUCUUCGGUUACCGCGGCAGUGAUGUCACCGAGGAGCAGUCCAAGGCCGCGACCAAGGAGGAGGAGGAGAAGUUCGAGAAGCUGCGCAAGGGUGAGGAGGUGGGGGAGAAUGAGGAGGACGAAGACGACGAGGACGAUGAUCUGGAGGACGACUUCGAGUUCAUCGAGAUCUUCCCCGGUGGCGAGGAGCUGGCCAUCGCCGUUGCUGAGGAUCUCUGGCCCAAUGCGAUGAAGUACUAUGUCACGGAUCAAUCCAUCGAGGAGGUCGACUACAGCGAUAUUGACGCGUCCGAGGAUGAGGACGACGAGGAGGAACAGUCCCGUCCCCGCAAGAAGACCAAGGUCUAAAAUCCGCGGACCGGACGAAACUUCCUCCCCUUCAAAGCACAAGGAGCAGGAUCAAGAGGAGGAUUAGAACGAAUAUCAAGACCGCGAUGGCGAAGGAGGACAUUGUAUCUAAUGGCGGGACGAUCAGUAUUUUCAGAUAGGUUGGAUAGAACACCCAAAAGUUGAACUUCC